UUUUUGAGUAAAUAUUUUUUAUGAGAAGAGGUAAAUGCAGAUCUUGCACGAUGGCGGCCUUGCCUUGUAGGAGCUGCUGACGUUGAGGAUUGUUUGUGGGUUUUGGAAUACUGGAUUUUUGAGUUUUUUGAAGUGAUUUUGAUGGGUUAUAGAAACUACAUCGCAUAAGAGUACGAAUGAGGAAGAUUGUGAAGGGGAGAAAGGACUGAUCGUUCAUAAAUAUGUAACCCCUGAAGGGGAAACGGUGAUUAAGAAAUAUAUUAAGAAAGAGUUCCUUGGGAAAGGAGGAUUUGCACAGUGCUUCAGGUUCCAUGACCUUCAGACUGAUACAGAUGUUGCAGGAAAGAUUAUUGACAAGAACUCUCUUUGAAAAUCACGUACAUUCAAAAAGCUUUUGUACGAAAUCUCCAUUCACAAGUCUUUGGAUCACCCAAAUAUUGUGAAAUUUAUUGACUUCUUCGAAGAUUCUAAAAAUGUGUACAUCGUACUUGAGCUCUGAGAUGAUGGUAACCUCAAUGACUUCUUUAAGAAUACAGGCAAAAGAGAACGAUCUCUCACAGAGAGUCAGAUCAGAAAUUAUGUUAGACAACUGGUGAGAGCCCUUAAAUUCUGUCAUGAUAGAAGUAUUAUUCAUAGAGAUCUAAAGCUAGGAAAUUUACUCUUGAAAGAUAAGAAGAAGACCAUACUUCUCGCUGAUUUUGGACUUUCUGCAAGACUGGAGUAUCCUAAACAAAGAAGAAGAACUAUCUGAGGUACCCCUAACUAUAUUGCUCCAGAAAUCAUCGGAUCUAAAACCACACAUUCAUUUGAAGUUGAUGUUUGGAGUCUAGGAAUUAUAAUUUAUAUCUUGAUUUUUGGUCAUGCUCCAUUUUCGUCAAAAUAACAUCAAGGAGACUUACAGGAAAAUCAAAACUGUAGAUUUCAAGAUCCCUGCUCAUAAAAUGGUAUCCUCUUCCCUUGCAAACUUGUUACAAGUAAUGCUGGAGAAAGAUAGCUCUAAGAGAGCAACUCUUGAUGAACUCAGUGUACAUCCGUUCACCACAGAGGAUGGGAAGCUCCUUCCUGCUCUUGAGGAGGAAACUUCAGAUCCAAAGUUACCCCUAAGCUCUGUUAGAAAAGAGGAGAAGCCAGCUAUAGAGUCAAACCAUUUCCUGAAGCAGUCAAGAGUCUGGGUCACCAAGUGUUCAGAUUUCAGCUCAAAAUACGGAAUGGGCUAUUUGCUAUCGAAUGGCAACAUCGGUGUCUUCUUCAAUGACAAGACUAAGAUGCUGCUUUCGUUCCAGGAUUUGACUUAUUAUGAAGAUACGAAUGAAUUUCACUCCUACAGCUUACACAAAAUCCCAUCUAGACUGAAGAAGAAGUACAGAAUAGUAGAAAAUUUCAAAUCGUUCCUCACUAAGGAUGAAAUUGAAGAACAGAAAGAAAAAGGAGCAAUAGAUCCGGGUACAUUCAUCAAAGCCUGGAUGAAAUCUAGGAAUGCAAUCAUCUUCAAGUUUGCCAGGAAGUCCGUUCAAGUCAUCUUUAAUGAUGGAACCGAGGUCAGAAUGAUAAAUAAGCCAAGCAAGAUGAUUGAAUAUGUUGAUCCUGAUGGUUCCUGCAAACUUCUUGAACUAGAUCAAGCCUUAGAAUCUUCAGAUGAAGAGCUAUUGAAGAGACUUGAGUAUUCUAGAAAGAUGACCAAAGAACUUUCUAAAAGAUAAAAUUGAAUGAUAAGAAAGAAUUUAGGAUUGUUCAAUCUA